AUGAAUUCCCUUUGGAUAACUACUUGGCUGCUCGCUGGUGUAUUUGUUUCAGCAUUGCCCACGGAGGACAGAAAGCUCGAGGACACGCAAAAUGACGUAUGUCGGCCUUGGAAGUCAGACAAAGUCAUGUUUUUAGAAGGCCACAUCACGAAAUAUGCAAUGAAAGAAAAUGCGAUCAGGAAUGAUCUGCCUGCUGUUUCAGUCUGCAUGAUUGCAAAUUGGUUUUCUCGCGGUUCCGAAGAUGAAAAAUGUGUGUUCAGCUACGCUACCCAAGAAGAACCCCAUGAACUGAUCCUUUGCUUACGUCCCUAUUUCCGAGUGCUCAUCCGGAACGAGACGAGGAAUUCUUUGAAAGGCAUUCCUGGUGAUGGGUCAUUUCACCACCUCUGUUUCACAUGGAGCAGCGACAACGGAGAUUAUAAAUUCUGGAUGGAUGGAGAAGUAGUCGGGGAUGGCUCUGGCUUUCAAAAGGGAACCUCGAUUCGUCACGGAGGUAGCGCAGUCGUUGGACAAGUCCAAAACUCACUUGGAGGAGAUUUCGAAGCAAGCAAGUCCUGGUUCGGUACAGUGUCUGGAUUGAAUGUAUUUGAUGAGGUUCGGUCGGACACUGACAUUAUAAAUGAGGCCCAGACUUGUACCGUUGGCCAAGGAGACGUCAUUAGUUGGCCUCAACUGUAUAUCGAAGAGAGUCUUCAUGGCGAAGUUUGCGUUUUACCUUAA